CAUGUGUCAUGACUUCGCGUCUCGGUCCUGGUUGUGAAGGCGGAGAAGAGGGCGGCUUCUGCGCCCGGAGGGAGGCGGAGGCCUGCAGCAGGAUGCCGGAGUACUGGGGGCAUUCUCCAAAUGAGAGAAGUUGCUUUCUUCUUGGAUGUUGAGCUAAAGCAGUUUAUCAUGGGCCAACAGCUGUCAGGUCAGACGCACACUGUUAUUAACAAGCUUCCAGAAAAAGUCAUCAAACAUGUAACUCUGGUUCGAGAAAGUGGCUUCUUGACAUAUGAGGAAUUUUUGGGAAGAGUAGCUGAACUAAAUGACAUCACUGCCAAGUUAGGUUCUGGCCAGGACAAGCAUCUUUUGUUUGAAGUGCAGCCAGGUUCAGAUGCUUCUGCUCUCUGGAAGAUGGCUGUUCGUGUAGUAUGUACUAAGAUAAACAAGACAAGUGGCAUUGUCGAAGCAUCAAGAAUCAUGAACUUGUAUCAGUUCAUUCAACUUUAUAAAGAUGUCACAAGUCAGGCAGCAAGUGUUCUUGUGCAGAACACUGCAUCAGAAGGAGCUGCAGAGGAUCUGUCAUCUGUUGCAUCUUGUCAGGCCAGCAUUUGGAUGGGAAGGGUGAAACAGCUGACUGAUGAGGAAGAAUGUUGCAUCUGCAUGGAUGGACGUGCGGAUCUCAUCUUGCCAUGUGCCCACAGCUUUUGUCAGAAAUGCAUUGACAAAUGGAGCGGUCGUCACAGGAGUUGCCCUAUAUGCCGUCUGCAGGUGACUGCAGCAAAUGAUUCUUGGGUGGUCUCUGAUGCACCUACAGAAGAAGAUAUCGCAACCUACAUACUCAACAUGGUGGAUGAGGCCGGCCAGCCUCACAGGCCCUGAUGGUGAUGGUAGCAAUGAUUCUGUGAUUCCUAGACUUGAAACCUCUUAACACUUCAUUUUCUUUGUUCCCUUUGCUUUGUUUACUCAUUGUGUCAGUCACUGUAAGCUAAAUCAGUAGUCUUUUAAAAAGUGUGUGAAACACAGUCUGCAUUUAUUUUUUUUUAAUUUUCCUUUAAGUGGUGACAUUUUAUCAACUGGUGAUGCUAAGCAUUUUCUUACACUUUAUGAAACACUGGAACAGCAAAUAUUUUAGUUUCAAUAUAGUUCUUUUGUGAUGGUUCGUUCAAAUUGCACUUGGAGAAAUGGGGAAAAAACGUGGGUGGUUACAGAGGGCCUAUUCAGUACUGCACUGAGAAGCAGUCCUUCAUCAGGUGGGUGCAGGCCUGCCUCUGUGAAUAGGAAUCACUACAGUCGCUUUGUAAAAUUCGGUAAUUUGUGUUGCCCCCUUGUGGUAAAUCAUUGCCACUUUUAGUAUUACAUGUAUUUGCUUCAGUAACUACUUGCUGUUGCAAGUUUUGUGAUAGCAGUUAUUUUGAUAAAUAACUGGAUAUUGAACUUCUGUUGAGAAAGAAUAAAUUCUCCAGGCAGCUUAAAUUUAAGGCUUCCUCAUCCAUGAUUGUCAUAAGGUUGGAUUCAGUAAAAGUUUCUGGGGAUUGAAGGGCUUUUUCUGCCAGUGAAAGUCUUUUGAUCCAGCAGAGCUUUUUGGUGGCUGUAUAGGGUGGGAGGCCAUUUUCACCAAUUCUGUUCUCCGCCUGUGGUCUUGUCCUACCCACCAAAAUGUGCCACAGAUAGUUGAGGGACCUUCCAGAACAGGCAGGGUCAUAGGGAUAGGGGCUGCAACGGGAGGCAAGACUUGCCUCCUCCACUCCUUCCACUAGCAGAAGAGUACUUUGCAGAAAAGGAAUUGAGGUUAGUUCCACUAGUGGAUUAACACCAUUGAAUAAAUGUGUGGUUAUGUUCUUUACUGAUGUGUCCAGAACUUACUGAUCAGACCACCAAAGAGUUCUGGUUUCUGAGUAUAUAUCAUACAACUAGCUUUACCAGUUAUGUUAGUUUGGCAUACUUUGAUUUCUUAGUUCUUAUAAACCAGGCCUCUGUUUAAAAAGAAGUAGCUGUAAGUUGGUGACAACAAAUAGUGCUUGACUCCCUUCUACAAGUGCUGUUUUAGUGCAGUGUGAGGAAUUUACAUCAGUUUCUCAUCAUUCUUGACCAUUGAUCAUGUGGCUAAUGUUGAUGAGAACUGGGAGGCCAACAUCUAGAUAGUUACAAAGUUCUGAUUCUUGCUUUACUGUCACAUGACCUGUUGCAUUUGUUCUUAAUCUCUAAUCUUAUAAUGCUUUUCAAAGACAUUGAUGUAAGGAUGCAUAUAGCAGCCUGGCAGUGGGUUAUUGGUGGCAAUGGUAGGCAUCUUUCAGGUCACUAAUUUACACUGCUCAUAAUGUCCAGAGCAAUAUUGCAGGGGUAUUGUGGGAAACUUGAGAGAGUAGCUUACAGACCCAGUCAUCUGGUGUAAGGAGCAGGGCAAGUGGCCUGGCCAGAAGUGGUAGGUGUGGAUGUUAGGCUUGAUUGAUGUAACACAGUCUUUUCUACAUCCAUUUGUAUUUUUAAAGUGUUACAAUUUUUGCCUUUAUUUUGGGAGAGUUAAUAACUUAAAUUUUCAUGAAGUGGCAGUAUCAUAUUUGAGGUUGCCAGGUAUUUGAGCAUUAUAAAAUUGUUUUUUGUCAUUCUCAGUGAACUUUUAAAUAUAUAUGAAGGUUAACACAAAUCUUUUCAGAUUUACAAUGUUAGAUAAAGCCGUUUUAAAUUAUGCCCAAGGUCCUAGGAUUAUGCACUUCAAAAAUGACAAACAUUUGUGGCUUAUUAGAGGUUAUCAGAUGCAGUCCACACAGUUAAAGUAUAGCAGAGGUUGUUUCUUUCUUUCCCUUCUAAUGUGACAUGCCCAAGGGCAGAUUUGACAGCAAUUCUUAUUACUGCAUCCAGGGAGAGCUUUGACUUACUGAAUGCCAGUAAUGGGUUGCAGUCCUGAAAUGAUUUACUUGGGAACAUUUUUUCAUUACACAUUGAUUAUAAAUAGGCAUUGAAGUGCACAGUGAAUAUGAAGAGUAUGGUUUGGUAUUUCUCUGGCUAUAAAAAUAAAACCAACAAUGAGUUCGAGUCAUUCCCUACUUUCCAAAGUAUUUGGAGCUGGUUGUGCUGCAGUAGAUGUGCCUAAUGCUUAACAUCAGUGAUUUAAAGAAACAGUGAACCAUUCUUCCCUGAUGAAGAGUUACCUUCAUUUGACUUCACAUUUUCUUACUGCAGCAUAAACACUGAAGUAUUAAAUCAACCAGCUCUUUUUUCAUGACAAACUAAAAUCCUGCAUUUGUGUCUGGAAAGUCUGAUAUGCCAGAUUUUGAAGAGCUGAAAAUUCCAAAACAAUGGGUAUUAAACCUAUCACUUAGAAAUACAUGUGCACAUGAAAGUGUCACAUCAAUGCUUGUAAAUAGGUGUAUAAUUUAUAUACUUUCUAGUGUGUAUAGCAUUUUAAAUAAAUGUACACAUUGGUGUAUGUACUGUAAUGUGUACCUUGUAUAUGUAUGGAGGGCAGCCAUGUGGACUUGGCCACUCUGGGUUUACUCUUCUGUGUCACUGUUGCUUUUCCUCCCUCCCUCUGUUACACUGUAGAGCUUUGCUUCCCACUAGCAGCAAAGGACUGCCAGUCCUCUGAAGCUGCAUAUGGAAGGGGAAAUUUCCGGAGUAUGUGGGGCAAAAUCCAAGUUACCAUGCUUGCUCAAGCCUUCUCACUAUAAAGCAGGCAAGCACAUAGCAAAAUCACAAACGUGUAGAUUAAAAAUAGUAUGUGCAUUACUUCUGAAAAAACAAUGAAACACUAUAAAACUGUAGCUUAAUUGCACAUUGGAGAUGAGAUGAUUUUGGUUUGGAAAAGUUGAAUUGCUGCUUUUAGAACAAAAAAUUGCAUUCCCUUUUUUAGCAUGAAUGUGAAUAUUUCUUAAGAAUUUGAUAAAGACUGUUAAUAGCUCUAAGCCUUCCAUUGUAUUAUUAUGAAUUUUGUGCAAUAAACACUUCAAUUUCCUUCA